GAAGAGAGAUCAAGAAACUGGUGCGUAGCCUCAUCAUUCGCUACGUACGUAACAGUUAAUAACUAAAAACCAUUAAUUAAUUCGCGCCAAAAAACCCUCCUACUCCUUCAAGGUCAAGGCCCCACCAUGAUUCGCAUAACAAAUUGCAUAUUUUCAAUGAUGAAUAUAAUGCUGAUGAUGUUUGGCAUCGCCACCAUCAGCUCUUCCUUGUACCUCCGCCAGCACAGCGGCUCUGAUUGCCAGAAAGUCCUCCAGAAUCCGUUAAUGAUAAUAGGAGUGUUCAUAUUGGUUAUGGCUUUGAUAGGGCUAAUGGGUUCAUUCUGGAACGUCACCAUUUUCCUGUGGAUGUAUUCUUUUGUUUCAUUUGUUAUGGUGAUUGGGUUGGCGGCUUACCUGGCCCUCACUUUUGUCGUUACGAAUGAAGGUGCAGGCAAGGCCUUGUCAGGGUUAGGGUUUAAGGAGUACAGGCUUGGAGACUACUCCAACUGGCUGCGAAAUCAUUUUGAGCAAGGGAAGAAUUGGGAUGAGAUUAGGAGUUGUUUGGUUGAUGCUCAGGUCUGCAGGAGUCUUGGUCUUGAUGUUUAUCAGGAGGCUUCAGAUUUUUAUAAGCAGCAAUUCUCUCCAGUUCAGUCCGGUUGCUGCAAGCCACCGAGAUACUGCGGAUUUGAGUUCAAGAAUGCCACAUUCUGGAUAAUGCCAAAAUCAGGUCCGUCAGUGGAAGACAGUGACUGCACCACAUGGAGUAAUACCCAGGAUAAGCUGUGCUAUGACUGCAAGUCAUGCAAGAGGGGAGUUCUAGACAAUAUUAAGAAUGAAUGGAGAAGUUUAGCUGUAAUGAAUUUCUGCCUCCUUGCUUUUGUUGUCCUUGUUUACUCUACUAGUUGUUGCACCAGGAGGAACCUUAGCCAAUCCAAGUACUACAAAGACUACUACCCUUGAACAUCAUUUUAAUUUGUUCUUUUUUGGUUUUUAGUUAUUUAAUCUAGUUUUAGAUUAGGUUUCUUAAGACCUCAUUCAUUUACAUAAGAUUAAUUCAUUAACUAAUUAAAUUACUGGCUAAUGGAUCUUUUCUGAAAGUAUUGUUGCAUCUGGCUCUCUUUUUAUCAAAUGGAUAGUGUGUUACUGUUGGAAAAAGUUCAAAAUUGAGAUGUAGCGUUUCCACAAAUUAUGCCGUGC